AUGGUUGGUCUUGCUGCCGGCCUAGAGAUUAGCAAGAUAUUAGGUGCUGCAGUUGGUCCUGGCAAGGCCAAUUGGGCUGCAGCGUCCUAUCCGUUGACGCAAGGGACCUUCGUCCUGAUUAGUGGGCGACUGGGGGCCGUAUACGGUCACCGACACAUUCUUAUCGCUGGAGCAGCCUGGUUGGUUGUCUGCUCUCUUGCAAACGGUUUUUGCACAACCUUUUUAUCCUUCAACGUUGUUCGCGCUCUGUCCGGUAUUGGAGGCGCCUUGAUUAUGCCCAACGCCGUGGCUCUAAUAAGCACGACUAUACCACCAGGUAGAGCGCGUAACGUGACGCUCGGCUUUUUUGGAGCGUCAGCACCUAUUGGGAGUCACCUCGGUUCUAUAUGGGCUGGUGUCUUUAUUCAGUAUUCGAGCUGGAGAUGGAUUUUCUUUGGCUUGGCAAUCUUGGGCACUUUCGUUUUCGGACUUCUCGCUCUACUGCUACCAGCCGAUUUUCCUGUGGAUAGAAAUGGUAAGAUUGACUGGAUCGGUGCGUUGCUGGGCACAAGCGGUCUGAUUGUUUUCAAUGUCGCGUGGAACCAGGCUCCUGCAAGUGGAUGGAGCACUCCCUUCGAGAUUAUUUUGCUCGCUACAUCAGUUUUGGUGCUUGCCAUAUUCGGUAUUUGGGAGUACAGGAUCACCAAAACCCCAAUCAUGCCACUGGGCAUUUGGACGGCGCCUUCCUUUGCGGCUGUUAUUUUAGUCGUACUUCUAAGCUUCAUGUCCAACGGUAUCUUUCUUUGGUACCUGGUAGCGUGGUUACAGCUUCUGCGCGACAAGAGUAUACUGCAAUUUGGAAUUGAAUGGACUCCAUUCGGAGUCGUCGCAACCAUCGGUACGUUUAUUGCGGCGUGGCUAAUUCCUCGUCUCGCCGCACAAUGGAUUUUGGCCAUCGGCUCUGCGGCGAUUAUGGUUGCGAACGUACUCUUGGCUACGAUGCCAGAACAACAGAUCUACUGGGCGCAAGUCUUUCCUGCUACUAUAUUCAUGGCUUUCUGCCCAGACUUCGUCUAUGUCGCGGCCCAAAUAGUGGCUAGCAACAGCGUCAGGCGCAGCCAACAAGGCGUUGCCGCCUCCCUAAUCGGUACGCUCAAUCUAUACGGAAAUAGUCUGGGUCUCGGGUUUGCUGGGACCAUAGAGACGCAGGUGAGCAGAUAUCGUACCGACCAAGUACUUGGUUUCAGAGCUGCACUAUUCUUUGGAGCCGGAAUUGCGUUAGCGGCGGUGAUACUAGAUGUGCUCUUUGUGAGGGUGAUCAAGGAUGAAAGGGAGGGCUGGCGCGACCCAACUGACGAAACAGCCAGUGGCUUGUCUGAUUUUGACCAAGGAAUCUCAACUGCAAUGGAUAGCUCUCAGGCGUAG